AUGUCUGCUACGGGGGCUGAGAGCAACAGGUUGCGAAAGAAGCACACUUUUAAAAGAGGCUAUAAGGCAUGCUUGAACUGUAAGAUGAGGAAAGUGAAGUGUGACCUUGGACCAUUUGACAAUCCACAUGAUCCACCUUGCGUGCGCUGUAAGCGAGAGGGAAAGGAUUGCAUGUUUGCGGAAACUAAGAGGGGUGGGUUCAGAAUCGCAAAACAGAGCCUUGUCAGUUUGAAAGAGGAGAAUGCUGGUAAAUCUAUGGCGGAAGUUAUUACCAGUGUGAUUCAGGGCCAAACUCAAGUGACUAAGAAAGAAUCUAGCUCGAGCUUCAAAGAGGAAAAGCUAGAAUCCAAAGAAGAAGAUGAUGAUGAUGACAUGACUUUGACUGCUGGUGUUCCAAGUUUACACAACGCCUUCCAAUUUUUGGCUAAGGCGGCUGGAUCUGUUGCCAAAGAGGACAUUAGAGAUUCAGUUCAUCAUAUCACAAAUUUUGAUCGAAUGGAAUCUAUCAAUGAUAUUUCGAGACCCGGAUCUGCUUCUGCGUAUUCUAAUGAUAAUAGUUUUAUAUCUACGGAACAACAUGGUAUACAAUCAUUGAAUUCUAUGGAAACCCCAACCAAUGGGGAACAAACACCGAGAAGUAUUCCUUUGAUUGAGAAACUUAGUAGUGUCAGACCGAAACCUUCUAUGAAACUUGGUGAUAUUGAAUAUAUUGGACCUUACCAACUACUAACUGAAGCAGAAGCUAGAAAAAGAAUUGAUGCCUUCUUUCUAACUAUGCAUCCAUUUUCUCCGUAUAUUCCUCUGCAACUCCAUGAUCCUGACGAACUUGCUAGAUACCCACUACUUCUAUGCACCAUCUUGACUAUAUCUGCAAGAUACCACACACUCCGUGACUUAGGAUUGAAUGAAAUCGAUAAUAAUGUUCAUGUUGAACUUCAUGAAAAGCUCUGGAUAUACUGCCAAAGACUUGUUUCUCAAACUGUGUGGGCAGAGGCCAGCACUAGAUCUAUAGGCACUAUUCUUGCAUUCUUAAUGUUUACGGAGUGGAAUCCGAGGGCCAUCCAUUGGAAAUGGCCAGACUAUGCAAAUUAUCCAGAAAUGAAUGAUUCUUCCAAACGGUCGUCAUCUCAAGCACAUGGUAGUGACUCAUUGGCGGGCCUUGCCGCAAUGCGUAGAAGUGAUAGAAUGUCGUGGAUGUUAACAGGGAAUGCAGUUAGAUUAGCUCAGGAUUUGGAUGUACUUGAAUACAGCUCCAAAAUAUUCGUGAUGACACAUGUCUGCGAAACACACACAGCUAUGAAUUUGAAUAAAAGAAGCUCACUUUCUGAAUCACUAUCUGAGGUUAAACUUAACGGGUUUGAGGAUAAUAACUUAGAUAACGAACAAUUCUUUUUGGAGCGCAUCUUACAAAAUGAUAAGAGUAAAGAACGCUGGGCCCGUUUUUUGGACAGAAUUGGAGAAAGAGAUAAGAAACAUACUCUAACAAAUAUCGAAAGAGAGUUUUUAAAUGACGAAUUCUUGCUAUACCAUUACAAUACAGAUAAUCAUAAUAGUCAAGUCGAACAAGAGUUUCGUCUCAAGUUCUCUAAAAUACAGCGAGCUAAAAUCGAGCUAUUGAAAAUCAUUUCAUUAGGAUAUGAAAAUGUCUACAAUGGUAAAUUAAGAUCGCAUGAUAGACACCAAAGACUUUCAAUGCUCUCUGUACUAUCACCGUUGAUUGAAGGUUGGUAUAAUAUCUACAAAACUCUAUUAUUGCCUGUUAGUGGUCCUGCUUGCUCACUAACGAAGAGUUCCAAUAAGAGUUUUGUAUUUGCAAUUACGGAAAAAAUGGAACAUGAAUCUUUGAUCAGUGACUAUUACUACUGCCAGCUUUAUAUAUAUUCUCUUGCUUUACAAUUGGAUAAUAAAGAACCGGGAAAAUCGAAGUUAAGAUUGAAUGAACUUACGAAAAGCGCAAGGUAUGUGGAACUUGCAUACAACGCUGCGAAAGAAAUAUUGAACAGUGCUCAGCGGGUACAUAAACUGAAGAUUUUAAAAUAUAUGCCUGUACGCUGGGUGAUGAGAAUUGUAAGAUCGAUCGUUUUCAUGAUAAAAUGUUACUUAACUUUAACAGGGAAUGGUAUCACACAAAAUCCUGAAGCGAAUACCAUCUUGACAAUGAGCGUAUUACCAACAGACGAGAUUAUUCAAACGAUUCAAAAAACAGCAAUAAUACUCCGUGCAACAGCACCAGAUGAAUUACACCUAUGCAGUAGAUAUUCUACAAUAUUGAUGUAUUUGUGCACAGAGAUGAAACAUCGAUCAAAACCAAACAUGCAACCACCAAUACCGCGAAGCAUAUCCAGCGACUUUAUGGACAAAGAGAAAGAAGAAGAGAAAUCUGAUAAAAAAAAUACUACUCGAGCGGCAAAUUCAGGCGUAUGCGACGAGAAUACGGUGCCCUUAAAACAUACCCAAUGUUCCAACGACAAUAAAGAUAAUACAAGAGAAUCUGGGAUGGGCAAUAAUGUUGCUGCCCGCAAUACGGGAUAUCAUUCAGGAACCCAACUACAUUCAAACCACACAGGGUCCGGAACAGCCACAGAUGGCAAUGGGUCAACCCUGGGUGGAUACCUUCCGCCACAAAUCGUUGACUGGUUUAAUGAUAAUAAUGAGAUAGGUUUGGAUUUUGUCGGGCCUUGGACAGAAAUGGUCGAAAAGCAGUUUGUUAAUAGGGUCGAUGAUGACCCAUCCUACGAAAACUGGUUCAAGGAACUUUACAAUCCCUCAACUUAG